CAUCAUUGUAAUUGAACAGAAUGUCCUUUGCUUAGUAUUUUAUGUUUUGCCUACCGUAUUUCCUCGAAAAUAGUCCGACUCUCGAAAGUAAGUCAAUUAAAAAAGCUCGAUAUUUUACCGAACCGCGAUCCAAAAGGUCAAACGUUAGGAUUACAACAAUAUAACUUUUUGAAUUCAUAUUCGCAUUUUUAGUCAAAAUCUUAUUCAUGGAAAUUUUGGAUUCAAGUUGCAAAAAUCGACUUCCCUUUUAGAAACACGUGCUUUUAUAUAACCACGAUAUAUAGAUAGCAUUUCCCAAAUCGACUUGGCCACCCCAGGGAAAACAUAGCCACCCCGCUACUGGUUUUGAAUGCUUGUAGCGAUAACUUGUCUGCAAACGUAAGAGUACUGUUUGAUAGUGGUUCGUCUGAAACAUUCGUUAGUUCGCGACUUUGCACUUAUCUGAAGCUGCCAAUUAUAGGCAAAGAAAAAUAAUCGAUAAAGAUUUUUGCCGAAUCAUAUUGUUACCCAUCACCUCUCUCUAUUUCUCUAUUAAUUUAUUAAUCUAGAAAAUAAAGGAAGAAAAAAAGGAAAAUGGAUAGGAAGAAGAGAGACUUGUAGCAGGUCCACCACUGCUACUAGUCUCUCUCUCGCUCCCUCUCCAUUCUCUCUCCGGCCAGGGUCCCUCUCUGGCAUCGAAUGCUAUUCCACCAGCUGACAAUGAUUCCAGUGAUAGUAGCGAUAGGCUUGGAGAUGAAUUCAUUCGUGCAACAUCUGGCAUUAAUGAGAUAAAAUAAGGUACAAAUGAGGUUGAGGAUAGUUUUCAAGCUGAAAGCCUGUUCAGGGAGGCAAAAAAAGGAAAAUGUUGACCAAUGUUGUCCAAUAUGGCCCACAAAUAUAAUUCUUCUGAAAUUGAUGACAGCGGUAACGGAAGAAAUUUUUUUUCAAAAUUUUGCUGACGAAAACCCAGCUGGUAUUUAUCCAAAGGAUCACAGACGUUUCCCUUCAUCUUUCGGGGUUGUUCACAAAAAUUGGACCUUCUCGCAGGGCAAAAGUGAUUUUUGCAAGGCAAAUGUUUUCUACCAAUAGAUCUGCUUUGUUGUUUUUCUGAUGUAACUUUACAAGAAAGUAGGUUAUGCUUGGAAUUUGUCUGUUCCAAAAGUAAAAUGAUACAGAAUACCAGUGACUCGAAAAAGGAGUUGCCAGCGUGAGCUUGGGCUGGAUGGAAUGAAUCUCUAAAUAGAUUCUGAUUUCCUUUCACUGUGGACGUAAGUGUUACACCCUUGGUCGAUAUUUGCAUCUUAUUAUAAUAACCAUGAACAAAAGACAAGCAUCGCUUGCUAGAAAAUAGAUGUAUUCCAAUGAGAUGAUGUAUUCCUACCCGGGCGUUGCCACAAAGCCUUUUGCCGGGAGAGGUCUGGAAUCUAGUUUUUUGCUAAAAAAGUAUGCCUAAAUAUAAGCGGUGCGUGUCAGAACAGAAAUACUACAGUACACCAAAUGUUGCUUGAAAUCUUGUGACAGUAAACCGAGUAUGACACUGCAAACAGGGCUACUUGGGUCUAUGUUUUAUUGAAUAGCUUUGCAUAGUUGGGUAAAAAUUUGAUCUAAUUGUAACCAGUAGUGUGAUUUUAAGCGGGGUCGACUGUAUUCUGUUUUUAAUAUCUAUUUUAUUUUUCUGUGGAUGAUAUAGGGUGCAUUGUAUAAAUUCCUGUAGGUUUUCAAGCUUGCGUUGCCAGAAAAAAAGUAUGUCAUCGAUAAAUCUUUUCCAAAAUAUGCACUACGCCUAACCGGGACACUGCGGUGCCUUAAGGGAUCUUAAUAAAAUUUACCAUUACACUCUUAGUUAUAGAACCAGUAAAUUGAAGUUCAGGCUGGUUGUUCUUAAUUAUUUCGAAAUUUUGAGGCUUAAUUGUUCCUAAUUUGUUCUUAAAUUAUUAGCAGUGAAAUUGCUAGCAAUUGCCAACAAAGUGAGUCCUUCAAAACAUCCUUUAUUUUCCGACAAGUUUGAAAGAUCGCCGAAUAAGAACCCUAGAUAGCAAGAAACUUCGACAAAUAAGGACCCGUUGUGGAUAGUGAUUUUACAUCUUGGUGUAACGAAAUCAGCGCGUUGCUAGUGGGCAUAUCGAAAGUGUGAUGUAAAAAAUGAGCGCAUGCUCUUUGACUUCAGAAUGGAGGGUUGCCUGACUCUAUUAAAAAAAUUUCUCUUGCUUGUCUCCUCAAGGUUAGGCAAACACAUCGGUGAACCUGUGGAGACAAUAAGCUAGUGCCUGGUGUGUACGACUUACUUUGAGAAUCAUGUUAGUGUUACGGGAACCGAAGGCCAGCUCCGCACAUUUUCAGCUUUUGCUAGGGCAAACAUUUCUGCAGGAUGAAUGUAGAGCCACCUCCCAACAGAAAGUAUGAAGUGACGCUCCUGCCUACUUUAUUGUAGCUGGCACCGCCACUGAUGCUACCUGACUUUGCCUCAGAAAACAGUUCCUUAUGCUCGCGGGUAAUGUGUUCUAAUAUUGGGUCAUGUAAAAUCCCCUGGUAGGUGCACUUUAAUUGCAAUACCACAUACAUGCUUGUCCAUGGAAUCAUAAAAAUACCCUUUUCACGAAUCAGCUUGAAAUUUAGUCCUCAUCACUAACAUUUCACCGUCGUUCAAUAUGCUCGUUGAUUUUAUGGACACCCAUGAUAUGCAUUUUCCCCAUAAUAGUGCACCCGCCCGGUGUAAAAUAUUCUGAGUUUGCUAUUUGGACACCUAUGUAUAUCUCGCGGUGACUUAUUUCACCUCACAAUUUCAGAGUGCAGAUGUAAGCAACGCUAACGAUAAUCUUAACCUUAAAGCUAAUGCAAAGACGUCGAGGUGAAAGUUAGGGUUGCUGUGUUGAAACUCUCUGUUAUCGCGGUGCAAAAUUUUAGACUGUAGGGCAUGGUUUGCCUCGUAAUGGGCAACACAUACUUUCUUUGAAGGCAUUGAUUUUCCAUUUUAAGCCAUCAACAAAGCAUUUAACAAUUUUUGUUUUGAAAGAAUGCACUGUUGUUAGUCAAAUACUGCUGAAAGAACAUUGAAAGUCCAAGAGAUAACAUCAACAGAGAAACUGGAGACGAAUUGUUAAAGACAUAAUGGUGGAAAACCGCUGACCAUGUUUUUAGUAGUGUAUUUAAAGCACAGUCGUGCAGUAUUUCAUGAUGCCAAUUUUGACGAUGGUUUACACUGCUGUUAUCGAUAAUGCACAAUUGUUGUUCAGUUUGAUGGAUUUAAAAGACAAGCAUGACAGAGGAAAAAAAUCGACAAGAAUAUACAGUAUCAACCUACGGAGGAGUGAAUCUCAUUGGAAAUGGUGGAAAUGUCACGUUCCAUGCGAAUGCUGCUCCAGUAUCUCUGGGAUCAACAGUAAAUGAUGUGGCCCAGCGACUGCGAAACAAGUACCAAACAUGUUUAAGCACUUGGACAAUACCUCGACUAAACAAACAAAAGGAAAUUAUAUACGUUGAGAAGAACCGCAACGAGUAUAUGGUUGAACUGAGAAUAGUUGACGAUGCUUUUAGAGGUAAUAAUCAUUUCAAUGAAUUAUCAAAGUUCAUUGACCGAGUGCAAGGCGCUCAAGGAACUAUACACCUCGAAGGUCUAAACGAGGUCAACUCACACAUCACAAUUGUUCAAGGGAUUGCAGGCAUUGGCAAGACGAGUCUUGUUGAGCACUUUGUGUUAAAAUGGGCGAAUGGAAAUAUGGAAAGCUCAGACAAUUCACCCCAAUUCGAUCUAGUGUUUUAUAUAAAGUGUCGAACGCUGAACAGGUACCUCGAAAUUAGCACAGCAGUCGACAAGAUAUUUAUGGAUCAAUUUGGAAUAAGCAGCGAAGAAUUUCUCUAUCUCCGAAGCAGUGCAGUUGCUUCUAAGACUUUGAUCGUUCUUGAUGGCUUGGACGAGCUGGUAAACAUCGAAAAGGUGUUCGAUCAUUCCCCAAUGAAUUCACUGCAUGUAGCUAUUAACGAUAUGAUGUCGAAAGAUUCCAGGAUUUUCAAUGGGCGCCAUUAUAUUUUGGUAACUACGCGCCCACACAAGACCCCGCUAUUGAGGAACAAUGAAGACUUGACAGGACAGCUAAGGUUCAUCGAGGUACUAGGAUUUGAUGCCGGUACCAUACAGGAGUAUGUAACAAAGUUUGUCGAGAAUGACGCAACACUAAGUAAGCGAAUAACUUGUGCAAUAAGCCAAAGCAAACAGAUGAUGCUGAUGGCAAGAGUACCUCAGCUCUUGUGUAGCGUGUGCUGUGUGUUAGCAAGAGAACCUAGCGCAACAGAAAUGGAUUCAAAGACUGAAAUAUUCGUUUGGGUGCUUAUUUCUUUUGUUAGACACCAUUCCAUGAAAUGUAAUAUCCCGCCAUUCAGAAUUUUGCAAGACGAUACUGUGAAGAGGUUUCUCAGUAUUAUCUCAGAGAUCGCAUACAAUUUGUUGUGCAGUGGUAGCAUCGAGUUUCAGUCAUACCCAAUUGAUAUUGAAAAGUGCGACAAAGGUCUCAAAGGUUUGCUCGAGUCCUUUCUCGUUCAGAUUGAAACAUCUUUCGGGUGUUCAUUCCAGUUCAGGCAUUUAUCAAUCCAUGAGUUUCUUGCAGCCGCUUAUUGUUUCACGCACGGGGUGAGCAUAAAGGCCUUACUAAAUCGCCAUCUCUAUGAGGUUGUUUCCUUCAUUAGUGGUUUCGCAAGGGCAUAUCAAUAUCGCCAGGAAACUCAAUUGACCAACAAUAUUGUAGCUCUCUUUUGCAACUGCAUGGUUGAUGGAAGAGAAGACCUUUCCAGACUACCCACAGUGAACCAGAUAGCCAAAGUGGUAUUAUCAAAUUGUUUGCAUAAAUUAUCGGAAAGAGAGUUUUUGUCCAUUUUCCAUGAACUUGUCUUGAGCCAAGACCCUGUCCCACAAGCUCUAGAUUUCAGCACUGAGACAUGUUUCACACUGAUCCACAUGACAGAAUGGGAUGCCCUACUUUUUGAGCAGUGCAUUGGAACUUUUUUGAGAUCACGUGGAACACAGUCAAUAAGUGGCAUACGACUCACUUUAUUCAAGUCAGAACUCUCAAGCAAUAACGAAAGAUCUUUGUCACUACCAAAUCUAGUGCCGCUCUUCAACGAAGUCAUGUUUUAUGACUGUAAAAUUGACGAUGAUUUUGUCAAAGAAAUGAAAUUUGCUGGAAAUGAAAACACAAACUUGAAGAAUAUGGGCUUUAUUCACUGUAGCCUGACGGAACAACAAAUUUUAGGACUCUGUCAUUUGAUUGCAUUGGUGGAGAGACUAGAGAUCAGAAAAAACCAGUUCAGCCUGGUUGGAGUACGUUGUCUUGUUGAUUAUCUUGUUGAUUACGAAAAUAUAAAUCAUCUUGCCACCAAAUUGCGCAUUCUCGUUAUGAAAAGCUGCGCAUUUGACAAAGCAAUGAUGUCACAAGUAUGUCGACUUCUCCCAAUUAUAGAAAAACUUGACAUUUCAACAAAUGCCUUAAAUGAAGAAUUGAUUUUUACUCUUUUUAAGAAUUGGGAAUUGUCAAACAACAAUCUCAGGGACAUGAGAGGAAACUUUAUAAAGUUGAAAGAUCUGGUGUUGCGAGAAUGCUCUCUGGACGAGGCCUGUGUCGCUGCACUUUGCCGUAUCCUUCCUAGGCUACGCAGCAUCGAUUUAUCAGUAAACAAACUGAGCUUCAGGCAAAUUGAGCUUAUUGUUGAUUGUUUUCCUUGUAAUAACACGAAUGGUUGCGAGUUUAAUUUGAAGAGCCUGAAACUAAGGAGCUGCUUUUUGACUGCAAAGAGCCUCUUGAAGCUUAGUGACGUCAUUAGUCAAAUUGAUUGGCUUGACAUUUCGUAUUACGUUGGUCAUCAGGAGAACGCCUUGACUAGCAAUGUGCUUAAACGCAUUAUAGAAUGCUUGUCACAGUCAGAGCAAUCUCACCUUCAGACACUUGUCAUCAAUUCGUCAAAGUUUAACGAUGAAGAAUUUGAGCAAUUGAAACGACUAACGAAUGAAUGCAAUGUUUUGGUGAAUGAUGAUAACGAUGACAGUGACGCCGAGGGUUAUGAUGAUGAUGACGACGACGAUUAAAAAGUAAUCGCAGUACUGGUCGAAAUGACCGCAAAAAUAAGAAUAUCUGAUAUGGUGCCGGCCGGGUUCAUUUUGUUUAAAACAUGUUGCAAAAGGUGUUAUGCUUGUUAUGGUUGUUUUAUACAACAUCAUAGGAACUUGAAAAUGUCGCUUGGAAUUCGAGCACGAAAAUAAUCUGCUUGUUCUAUAAAUAAACUUCCGUGAUUCUAAUGAGUAGAUCUCAAAAUCUAUGAAACUAGGAUGGGUUUCAAGGAAUUUAUAAAUUUUUCUAAAGCAACCUUAGCCCCCCUUCCCAUUUUUAGAAAAUAACAAUAUUUUGCUCUUUUCAGGAAAAGUAUUUUAUAAUAAAACAGCCACUUUUUUCAUAAAAAAGUAGUUCAAACAUAACGAAAUUUCAUAUUAAAGCAAUUGCAUUUUGAAUUUUAAAAUAAUUAGUGUAGCGUUUUCUUACGUUUUUUAUAUCUUCUUUAAACGUAGCUUCGAAAAUACAGUUGCUCUAAAUCCAUUUUCAAUGCUGAUCUCAUGCUUUUGGUUUCAAUGAAAAUGUUUUAGAACGAUUUAAUAUAAAUCUCUCUUUACGGUAGUAACAUCUCGUUCUGGAUCGGUCAACAAUACUUGAAUGAUCCAAGAUGUAAAGUGUCACUGAAUUUGUGUUGCUCUGUUUUUUUACGCACUUUCUCUAACAGCCAAAUGCUUUAUUAUUGAUUGAGUAUUGAACGCGUCCAAAAUCAAAUUCCAGUUCAGGUAAGUGACAGCUGGUCGAAUGACUAUACGUUUGAAUGUCAGUAGUAUCUCUGACAAUAAUGACAUAUAAAGAGAAAACCAUGAAUUAUUCUUUCGAUCACAUGACUUAUGUUGAUAACACAAAAAGUGAUUUUAAACGAUUGCUAAGAUUAGAAAAGAUUGGCAGAAAAAGCAGACUGAAUUCUGGACAAAUUGGCAGUUGAGUUGAUUGAAAAUAUAAGAAGAACAACAAGAAAACAAAGCUGUCGGAAAGCGAAAUGCAGCAAAACCUGAACUCAAGCAAGCAGAACUAGAGGCAUGCACUGAAUCUAUAGAAGAAUAUAAAAAAGGUUAUAUUAAAAAAGAAGGCAUUGUUGAGGCUGGCACUCGUAUAGAUUGGGCACGUAAAAAUGGGAGAGACAAGAUAGACAAAGAUUCAUAUUUUGAAAACGUUGGCAGCAAAGAAAGAAAAAGGUUGGAAUUCAAAAUAUUGUCAAAUUACAAAUUACAUAGGUCAAAUUACAUAUGCAGGAUGAUCACAUGUCACCAACAUGUAUAAGCACGGAGGAGAACUGAUCGCUUUUAAAAAUUUUGGAACAGUAAGUAAAGAAUAUAGGAAAGUAAAAUAUAAAUUAAAACAUCGAGUGUUGAUUUGGGGCCUGCUCAUGAUAUGAAUACGAUUGGAUAUGAAGACGACUUGCUCUGUUGCUGUUGCAGCAGUUUACUGAACUGUAAAUAACUGCUAUAUACUCAAUAGAAAUUUUGUCUGUUCUAGCGGCUUUGUUCCUUUCCAAUCUUUACAGGGCCUUCAUCAGGACCGGCAAAACCGGGGGUCGGGGUGAGCAUGGCCUCUCCAUUCCUUUACAGAACAAAGAAAAAAUUUGAAAAAAAGUAGAAAGAACUGUAAUCUAUCAUUUUGUAAGUUUUUCUUAGCUUAAGUUUCGUUACUAUGUCUUUACCAUUCAAAUAUCUAGAAGAUUAGAACAUGGGAGUUUGAUCCAGAAGAAACCGAAUCAUUGUUCAAGUUGUGCGUUAUAUGUUGCACAAGCAGCAUUUUUUUAAAAAGUGGUCCCUAAAAACAUUGUACACCUUAAAAUUGCGUGUUUGGCUUAGAAUAUAAACCAAGAAGUCUGCUCAAGAAUAACUUGGUGCUGGCAUUUCCUUUUUUAUAUUGCUAUAGAAAGGAAAGAGAAGGAAGAUUCAGAGUAUUUCUGGGGAAUAAGGGAUAAAAGAUCAGAUCUCCUGGUAGCAAUGUGUACGGAAAUAACUGUUAAAAAUGGAUUGGUUAGCAAUACAAAGCUGAGGAAAAAGAAGUUGCAGAGAUUUGUAAAGUUACAGUUGUCGAUGAGAUGGUUAGUAUUUUACUGUAAGGAUUUAGGUUUUGUGGAGAAGGCAUAGAAAAGAUUUAGAAGCGCCAAACUAGGUAAGAGAGCAAUACACCAAGAAAUCAUGGCAUUAGACCUAUCAGAGAUAAUGCUGUCAAUCCACCAAAUAAAAGUGCGUUGCAAACCAAACAAAUGGUUUUUAGGAUGACGAAAUUUCCUGCCAGACAAAAUAAAAAACCUUAGAGGUGUCAGGGCCCACGCCGCGAAUUUGAAAGUGGGAAGUGGGCCAAGGCUAAUGAAAGUGGGGGACCUUUGAUUGUAGCUUUGAAAUUACAUGCUUCACAAAAGAGUAGGGGGCCAUGGCCACCACGCCCUCCCCCCGAUGGCGUGGGCCCUGAGUGUAGAAGAUCACUCUGCAAUUACGAAAGAAGUCGAUAACAGAACACCAUAUGUGAGCAGCAUGAGCUGGAAAAGCCCAGGUAGACCUUGCUGACCAAACCCUUCACUAAUUGGUUACUGAACAAGAGAUUAAAGCUCAGACCAGGUGUGCUGGAACUCUUAUUACACCCCUAGAUCUGUCAUUUAGUGAAUACAGACAGUUUCUCUAGAUCAAAAACGUAAAAAUAUAUCGAAAGUUAGAGAUAACUACUUACACUAAGUGCUUAUACUUAUCUAUUAGAAUUUAGAGAAAGAAUCACAGAAGAUGAUUGGUAUCUUCUUACUAAUGCAGUGCAAUUUCACGGAUACCGUACACAUUACACAGACACAGAGUUCACAGGAAAUAUGUGACUUUGCUAAAGAUCAUAUUGACCAACAGAUGCCAGAGUGCAAAGCGCUAGCAGUCCUUAUUUUGGUAACCUGAUCAAGAAGCAGAAAAAUGACAUCAAUCUGUAAUAAUUUUGUCGAUUUAUUUUACAUUUACUAGGGAACAUAACCUGACCAAGAAGCAUCCUUUGUUGAUCAAUUUACAUCAGCUUUGCCAAUUUCACGUUGUUCACAUAUUUUUCUUUUCUUGUCAUCCAUUUCUCGACAAUGUCCUAACUGUGAUUUCCUAAGCACAUGCGUUGAUACAUGGGUUUGUUACCUAAAUUUGCACAUUGCUGGCAGUAUACAAAGCAGGAGAAGUGAAAAGUUAAAUCCUUCCCUAAUUUUGAUAUUUCAGGAGCACUGCCAUGAUGGGUGCGAAUUAAAGUCGGUUUGGCAUUGUUAUCAUUAGUAUCUUAAUAAUAUUGCUUGUUAUUCAUUUCAUUUUUAGCGAAGUUGUAGAGAUUAGCGUGUUAGAGGUCUGGGAACGAGUACAUGGCCUAAAAAUAGCAUUUGGGGGCAUUUUGACGAUGGGUGUGAAUCUUAAUCACUUUACCGUGUUAUUAUUAGCAUUUGUACUAAUUAUCAUAUCAUUAAUUUCAUUUUCAACGAAGUUAUAGAGGUUAUCGAUUUAGGAGUCUGGGAACAAUUAAGCAUUCUAAAAAUAGCAUUUAGGGGUAUUUCUCAGACUGGGACCCGACCCCAUCUUAUUCAGCAUAUCAAACUGUGUAGUUGUUCAGAUCUUCAUGCUUUUAUCACAAUUUGCGCAAUAUCGUCGUUUCAGAGGUCUUGGCUACUACACUAUUUUGAGAACAAGAGAAACGAAGAAUCAGCAAAUUUGUUUUGUGAAUGUAUCGCCAAGAAAGAUUCAGAGUCUGAUUUCAUCGAUGAUCCUGUCCUAACAAGAAACCAUAAUUAUGAAGCUGCGACCGAAUAUUUCAUGUCAGAAGUAUAUUUAAAUACGGGCAAAGCAAACUGUACUUUGGAGUUCUAGACGUAAUGAUAAAUUUUAUCAAAAAUCGCUUUGAUCCAGUUUGAAACUAAUUUCAAGUCUAAAGUAAUUUUCAUUAUAAGCACUUUUUUCCCCAAAAAAUUUUCUUGCCGCCAGGCAUGGUGGCGGUCUUUACCAGAACCGUUCACAAUCUUAACAUUUCGUUUCACCGUGAAAGUGGAGGGGCCAAAAUGUUGAGAUGUUCAUCGGCCUCGAUUUUUAUAUUUUUUCGGGCCAUCUUUUUCGUCUUCUGUUGCUGAUUCUCCCUGUCUAUUGUCCCCGAAGAGCUCACCACAGUACAGUCGAGUCCAGCUAUCUCGAACUCGCACCGGAAAUAAAAAUUUGUUCGACAUAGCGGGACUUCGAGAUAUCCGGACUCGGGAUAAGAAGAAUAACUGGGUUUUCUUUUUCAAAGUUGAAAAAAAGAGUAUUCGAGAUGA